AUGUCGCCCCCGUACAUAUUCCAGAUCAACGAGAUCAAUCGAAAUCCGCGCGCAAAAUGUCGAUACGACAACUUCGGGAGAUGGAUGCCUUCAUAUGAAGGAUCCGGUCACGAAAUCUAUAACAUUGGCGCUACAGGGAAGUACUGGUACUGCAACGGGUCCCUCAUCUACGAGGUACCAGCUCUUCCCAGCGGAUCCACAGUAUAUAGCACGUUCUCGCUGUACUACGGCGGAGGACACGGCUUCUGGGUCCUGAAGGGUAAUGCCAUAAGGCCGCCGAGACAUGAUGAUUGGCACACACUCAAAUUCGACCACUCCCCCGAUGACUAUUCCUCCUUCCUGACAAAUGCCGGACAGCACGACACGUUGCGCUGUCAACGAGAUGACCAGACAUGGACGCAGAUAUUGCUCCCCGACAUCUAUCACACGACUUCCAUCAGCCAUCAUCGGGACCAUGGCGGCCUCAUUGGCGAACUCCCGAUUCUCCUGGGUCUCAUGGCACACACCACUUCACGCGAGAAUCUUCCCCUCGUUAUCCCAUGUCUAUUUCGCAACGAGGCUUGGCAGGUGCAUACCUAUAGUCGAUACCGGUGUCAGAGAAUUGAAAACCGUGGCGUCAUUGUCACUGUGUAUACAUGUCCGGAUUCCUGGGCCGGAGGCUCCACAAACGCCGACAUCCUUGCUUAUGAAGAAGGUGAAUUUGGAAAGUAUUUUUCGUGA